AUGGCACCAUCCAUUGCCGAAGCUCCCUCUGCGGAAAUUGUUGUUCCUGUGAAGGCUGAUCUGGAAAAGUCCGCCACCAAGCCUAAGAUCCGAAGAACCAUCGAUGAAGAAGGGGGUAAAUCUACCGCGAGUUAUCCAAAUUACCUCCCUACUUGGGACUACGGCGAAAAGUAUCCCGCAUUGGAAUCAUUCACCCACGUCGAUCAUGGAAAAGAUGCCGAUAGUUCUCUGAAGGACCUCUUAAAAGAAGGAUCGAAGAUACAAAAGCUCACACCCACAAUUGGCUCCGAAGUCACAGGGGUCCAGCUCAGCAAGUUGACGCCAGAAGGAAAGGAUCAGCUGGCUUUGCUGGUUGCCCAGCGUAAAGUUGUCGCCUUCCGCGACCAAGAUCUUGCAGACUUGCCAAUCCAGGAAGCUCUUGACUUCGGCGGCUAUUUUGGCCGCCAUCAUAUCCACCCUACGAGUGGGUCACCGGAAGGAUUUCCCGAGGUUCACCUUGUUCAUCGUAACAACAACGCCUGGGAAUUUGAUAAUUAUCUCGCCGCGAAGAAUAGUAGUGUCUCAUGGCACUCUGAUGUCACUUAUGAGGCACAACCGCCUGGUACUACUUUCUUGUAUAUUCUCGACACGCCCGAGGUUGGAGGUGAUACUGCUUUUGUGAACCAGGUUGAGGCCUAUAACCGACUUUCACCCGCAGUGAAGGAGAGGCUUCAUGGUCUCAAGGCCGUGCAUUCUGGGGUGGAGCAGGCUGACUUCAGUCUGCAGCGUGACGGGGUGGUAAGACGGGAGCCCGUGAAAAACGAGCAUCCUCUUGUUCGAACUCACCCCGUUACUGGAGAGAAAGCGUUGUUUGUGAAUGCUGGAUUCACUCGUAGCAUCGUCGGGCUUAAAAAGGAAGAGAGCGACGCAUUGCUUGGAUUUUUAUUGGCCCAUAUUGGCCGCGGUAUUGACUUCCAGGCUCGUGUUCGAUGGGCUCCUAAGACUGUGGUAGUUUGGGAUAAUCGUAUCACUGCUCACUCUGCAAUCAUCGAUUGGGCGACUGGUGAGCGCCGGCAUUUGGCACGCAUCACACCGCAGGCCGAACGCCCCUUUGAAACACCUUACACUCCGACGGAAGAUGAAUCUCCCAGUUGGAUACCAGCUAUUUAG